AUGCCAAUGUUCAUGCCUGGUCGAAUGCAGAUGUUCAUGCCCGGUCGUGUCAAGAAACUUUUCACCGGAGAUCAUAAGGAGAAAGCUGCAACUUGUGAAUACAUUGAAGUUGUGGUUCCGGGGGAGGCCAGCAGCCUGGCCGGCACUGUGGCGGUGGUCAACUCAGUGCUACGACACACCAACCAGUCGGUUAGAUUCCACCUCGUGGUGCCGCACCAGACCGUCACCAUACUCAGGCAGUGGCUGGACGGUAUACCGGAUAGCCGCCUCCACUACCAAAUUAUCGCGUUUCCUGAACGGCUUCUGAAGCUAGCCAACAACGAUGUGGAAUCAGCCCAAGUGUUCUUGGCCGGAAUUCUACCGACAAAUAUCACAGGAAGAGUGAUAUUUAUCAGCAAUGACGCUAUAGUGCAAGGUGACAUUGCCGAGCUGCAGCAGGUCCCGAUAGCGGUGCACUCCUUUGGAGCAUUCCUGCUGGACAGCCAGUCAGAGACACAUGCGGACCUGGCGGAUAAGCCGCUGUACAGCCAGCAGGUCAACAUGAUGAACCGGUUUGUACACAAACGCCACAUAAAGGGCACACGAGUGACGUUCAGCGGCGGAGUAUUCGUGGCCAAUAUGAAGUACUGGAGGCACACACAUGCCCACCGAUCACUGGUCGCAUGGCUUAAUAUCCACAAAAGGAUGUCGAUCGUCGGUGCGUCUCCGAGCGCCACCGCCCACCGCGCCGCCAUGCUGCUCACUUUCUACGGGCGAGUGUCGGUGCUGCCCCCGAAGUGGCACCUGCGGGGACUCGGAGUUAGUGAGGCGACACCAUACUCGGAGAGUUUCGUGCGGAGCCAUAAAGUGAUCCGCUGGAGCGGCCACCUGAAGCCCUGGAUGCCGAACACCCCGUACAGAAACCUGUGGCUGGAGUACGCCGUACCCGACCCGAUCAGGAAGCCGUAAUACACAGGUGGCGUGCACGCUCGAUGCUGUCGGUUAGAGAUGUCGCGCUAGUCGCUACUUUGCUACGUCCAUCACCUGACCGCUUUUGCAACGAGCUUAGUCCAAGGCAUGUCGUAAGUCUUGCAUGUGCUUUGUUACAUUGCUUAGUCAUGGUUACUUCGAUUCUAAGUGCAAGUUUCCCAUCAAGUGGAGCACCUGGUUCCUGGGUGCCGCUAAAUGCACAAUUACAUAGGCAGAGCUUUUGAUGUGAGAUGCCUUCCUGGCCUGUUUGUGUUGUGGUA